AUGAAACUUCAUUUGGAAGAACUUUAUUUGAUACCAUUUGGUUAGAAUUGGAGACUGGAAAUCCUUUAGAUAGUUUACUUAAAACAAUUUUUUGAAAACAGAGAAUUUUAGGAUUCCUUCAAUGUUGAUAUAGCUGCGUAUGACAAAGAUAUUGCUAAUAUAGAUUCUGAAAGAAUCCCCCUUGAAGCAAAAUUGGAAGGGAAUUCUUAUCCAAGAUGAACUAUUAUUUCAGGAUUUGUUAAAGCCAAAAAGGCAUAAGUUAAGGGUUAUAUAUCAAUCUCUCUUUUCAUAAGGAUAUCAAAAGGAAAUUGCUGAAAAAUCAGCUUAAUAUGAUGAAUUUGAAGUAGUUAAAGCAGAUUACAAGACUCCCAUUUCAGUAUUGACUGUAGCAGAAAAAUUAUUAAAGUCAAUGUUGAAGCCACCUCAUCAUUUUUAAAAAAUAAAUAAACUUAAUAGUCUAAAGAAAUUCCAAAAGAAGGCAUUUCCUUUUUUAAAAAACAUAAAGAAUCAAAACAGAAAUUAACAAACUAAAUACAUGUACAGAUAUGUUCCUAUCAUGUAUUUUUUAAGUCAAAUUUAAUAAUAGCACUAUUUAAGAGUAUUCAUAACAUUUUUGUAUUCUAUCAAGUUGUCUAUCUAUUUGACAGAUUAAUUAAUGAAGACAGUUACUCUUUAAGUUUAAAAAAUUCUCUGAAGACAAAAAAAGUUAAAGCAUGCAAUAAAACAAGAAAAUUAUUGGUUAUUGCCUUGACUAUUGCAGAAAGUGUAUUAGUUAAUUCUGAAUCUGAUUCCGCCAAUGUCUCGGAUAUUAUCAGAUAAAUUAAAGCUUCAUUAGAAAAUGCUAAUUAACGAUUAAAAUAACUAAAUAAAAGAAGAAUAGAUAGAUGGACUGAAUGUGAAAAAGCCACUAAAGAAUAUGCAGAUGCAAGAUAAGCCAGGAACUUAUUCUUUAAUUAUUCUGAUUUAGAGAUGCUGAUAGAUAAGUAGUUUCAAAUACUAAUGGUUUGGUAAUAACUUCCUCUUAGACAAGAGGUAGGGAUAAUAUGUGA